AAAAUGAAGCUCACGCGUCACAUACUGCACGGCGGACCCCGGCUCCAUUGAGUUCGUGUUGCCGGUAGCCGUGAUGCGUCAUAAUUUACGCACUUUUGAACUUGAGGUCAGGUUCGAGCAGCCUCGCAGGUGGCUGUCAUCCCCCGCCACUACUUCUAAAGUCGCCUUCCUGAGUCCCUCUGAUGUCCUUGUGUUAUGAACACGACGCUAGAGCCACGUGACCGCGUGACGUAAAACUCCGCGGCGUCUGUCGCCCUGUACUGCAGGGGGGAGGGGGGUUCCAUCAUGGCGUCGAUGCAGAAAAGACUACAGAAGGAGCUAUUAGCAUUGCAAAAUGAUCCACCCCCUGGAAUGACUUUAAAUGAGAAGAGUGUGCAGAAUUCAAUAACACAGUGGAUAGUAGACAUGGAAGGAGCACCUGGUACACUAUAUGAAGGGGAGAAAUUUCAGCUUCUUUUCAAAUUCAGCAGUCGAUAUCCAUUUGAUUCACCUCAGGUAAUGUUCACUGGUGACAAUAUACCUGUACAUCCUCAUGUUUAUAGCAACGGCCACAUCUGUUUAUCCAUUUUAACAGAAGACUGGUCUCCUGCUCUCUCAGUGCAAUCAGUUUGUCUUAGCAUUAUCAGCAUGCUUUCCAGCUGCAAAGAAAAGAGACGACCACCUGAUAAUUCAUUUUAUGUAAGAACUUGUAAUAAGAAUCCAAAGAAAACAAAAUGGUGGUAUCAUGAUGACACAUGUUAAUAUACAGAUUUAUAUUAGUUCAGAGAAGAUCUACUGAGUACCUAAGCACUUUGAUUAAUUCAGUCUUUGAACUUGAACCUUUGACUGGAAAAUGGACACCACACGCUGAAGACUACUAUCUUUCACUGCAUUUCUAUUGUGGUGCAGAUGGAUGUAUGCAGACAAUUGAUUGAAUACGACGAUGUACUGCACCCAACCUGCACAUAUUUGCCGAGAGGUAUUAAUGCAGAAAGUGAAGACGUUGUAGUGGCGUUAUUCCUGUUUUCAAGUCUUGUUUUCCUUUUCCUAAGGGAAAGGAGAAGACCAGGUCCUCAUGUAUUGUGCAAUAACAAGGAUUGAUGCAUGUGUGGACCUCAAGCAAAGAAUACAUCCAAAUUGGUUCAACUGAGGAAGUCCAGUGAGAUAAACCCAAAUAAAAUGCAACAUCUUUUGUACUUAAAUAAUAUGCACUGUGACAAUGACUUAUGGGUGUUACCAACUUGGGUGUGGAUUUUAUUAUUUAGUGCUGAAACUCCUUGAAAAGUUUAUAUUCAGGUUAAAAGGUUUUACUUUAUAAUGCUGUCCAAAAUGGAAAAAUCCUUGUAGCUUUCAUACAGUUUAACUGCGCUCUUGCAAGUUUGCUCCGUAAAAGUAAAAAAGUUUAAAGAAGAAAAAUCUAAUAUGGACAAAUGUGGCAUAAUAGUUUAAUAUUGUUGCAACCAGAUCUCUAUUUUAACCUAUAAAUGAGUAUGUUUAAUUCUUUUAAUUCUACCCCCCCAUUCCCCAGCCCUGCUUGUUCUGUUUGAAGUAAAGGAUAGAUCCAGACGCAUACUACACAGCUGGGCCACACGUUUUCUGUAAUAUUUAAGAUUUUUUUUUUUUAUUACUGUGCUGCAUAACUUAAGUUUGUUUCAUUUGUUGUAUGACUGUCUUGCAUAUUUUUUUUUUCUUAAAUAUUGUUUCAAUUGAAAAUGCUUUGUCUUUUUGGUAACUUAUUUCUCUUUACAAGUUGUUAUCCCGACUUUUAAUUCUUGAAGGGGAAAAAUACAUUUUGAAGGAUGCUAGACGUUUUGGGAACCAUUUAUUUUGUGUUUGUUCUUUUUGCAGUCAACUGGCCGUACAAAUGUUCUACUUCAUAUAUAAAAAGAUAACUUAUUUAUUGUUGUUCUAGAAAGUGCUGGUAAAAGUGCAAGAUAUGCUAAAAGCAAGGAAGUGGUCUGUCAAUGAUAAGUGUACUGAAAAAAACAUUUUAGGAAGAGAUCACCGCAGCAGACAGCGUGUGUGUGUGUGUGUGUGUGUGACUAAAAUUGUCAGAGCUCUACAUCCUAACCUUGAUUCCUAGGAGAGACCAUUAAUGCGUAUUAGCUGCCGGUUAUUUACUUGGGGAAAAAUUAUUUGAAUGUUACAUAGGAACAUUUUAUAUUUAGGAAAUAAGUUACCAAAGCAGCUUACAAAGUAUCUCGGGCAAACCAAAAAGAGCUGAGGUACAUCCUCAGGUAAUCGGGUUAAGUAUGUAAAGAUCACGUCUUAAUAUUCAACUCUGAGACUAGCUGUGUGUAAUGACUGGUUGUUUGAGGCCAUUUUUAGAUUCAGCCACAGGCUUCUAGUCAAAGCAGUGUUACAGCAAAACCUAGAAAUUCACAUCUAUAAACCUGUUGACUUGCACAGCGCUCAUUUUCGAUUCUACUUUUAAUUUGUAUUCCAUUCAUUCGGCAGUUGUACUGAUGCCAGUGCCUUCAAUUCGGCCUCUUUGUGUGGGCCUUUUCCUGUGGGAGCAGCCAGUUUGUUUUUCCUUUUGAUUUUUAACACCUCAUGACCCCACACAGCCACGUGUUCUCUUGGCUUUUUUCUUCAUGCAUGUCUUACAGUAAACAGAGGCUCGAGGCACAUGUUACAUAAUCGUGAGCCUGUCGUGGUGGAGCUGUUUACUUGUGCUCUGCCCAUGGAGUACAGAUGGGUGUGCAAGUGCAGUUCACAAACCGGGGCUCACUCUUCUGUCUCCUCAAUCUAAUGGUUUAGCUGGCCGUUUUUCUUUUUCUUUUUCUUAUUCUUGAUUCAGAAAAGUUGCAUUUAGAAGAAAUUCAGAAAUGUGUUAUCUUUGUUACAGUUUUAAACACGUAACUUUCUUUUCCCAUUUGUAUUUCAUUUUUAUCUCUGUGGAGUUUGCCACUUAAAUUGUAUCCAAAUACAGACACUUGCAGACAUGGGUGCAAAUGACACUUAAUGUUAAAGCAGAGUCACUACUUCAAUUUUACAUUCAUUGUUGUGUUAAGUAGUGACGGUUAACUGCAGGUGUUCAUCCCACCCACCUUCUGCUUUUACCUGGACCCCUGCUGUUUCCCAGUUUCUGCCUUUUUGUUUGGCAUCAGAAAUUAAAAAAUGGGUGUGCUAAAUGUUUAACUGAAUGUAUCCAACAUUUUUGUGUAUGACAUUAUGUACUGUUCUUGAUUUUUAUUUAAGAUUUUGCUUCUUUUUUAAUUUAUUUAUUUUAAUACGUUCUGGGUCUUUAAGCCUUUUCUUAUUCAUGAGCUCACAAGUGAAUUUGAUGCUGAAGUAGCUGUCUGCCUUUAGCAGUCCGUGUCGUCUGCACUGCUCCUCACUAAUUUCAGUAUUUGGAUACGAUUGAGGUAGUAAACUCCUUAGGAAACGGUGCAUUAAAAAGAAUGGGAUAAAAGAAAGUGAGCAUUUAAAGAUGUGGCAACAAAUGCAAAUUUCUGAAUUUUGUUUACAUGUAAAAUAUACUAGCACGUAUUUCUAAAUGCAAAACCCCCGGCAUCUCACGUCCAUAACACUAAAUGUCUGUCGUUUUUGUUUGUACAUCUGACUUCGCUCAAGCUACCUGUUUUGCAUUCCUCUUGCACCCUGCUAAUCCAGCAGCAAUAUUCUGCAGUUCUUCUACGUGUAUUGUUAUGCAGUUCUGAAUGCCUUCCUAAUUGUGGUUUUAUUGCCCUAUUGAUGCAUCUCAGAUUAAAAUUUAAAUAAAACAGUUGCCUUCUUUGCUUGGUUGUUAUAAUCCCGAAGUUUAAAUAAAUAAAAUAAAAUCCAAAA